AUGGCUCCUCGCAGAUAUACUUCCAUCUUUGCCGCAGCGGCGGCAAUGCUUGCCUUGGGCCACGCUGAGUCUUUGCCAUCUCGUCAUGCCGUGUCCUUCAGGGGCCCUUUCGAGAUUGAAAUGGGCGGCGUACACAACAUCAAUGUCGAGUACACUGAUGAAGUGGAUGGCGAGCUUGCUCUUGUCUACGGUUCCUGUGGCAUCUCCUCCAUUUCCGAGGCGCACCACCAGGUUGGUCGCACUCACAUUGGCAGCCACCCUCUCGCCAAGCGUCAUCUUGACUGGGAGAGCCAACGUCCUACCAAAUUUGUCUGGAUCAUUCCCUCCGAGGUUUCCUCGGGAUGCCUUCAUGCAUUCUCCGAUGGCAUUCUCGUAGGGCGGUCGGAGACUAUCGAGGUUACCCCGGCGAAGCUUCGCCGCCGUGGCACCUUCGCCGACGUCACUGAUGCCAUGGGCCCUUGGUUUGAUGGUGUCGCAUACCUGGACCAGAAGCAGCCAGACGAGGCUUUCGUUGCCAGUGUCAAGAACAAGACAUUUGGUAUCUUGGGUGCCGGAAUCUCUGGAUUGAUGACAUCACUGAUUCUCGACUCAGUUGGCAUCAAGAAAUGGAAGAUCAUUGAAUCCUCCGAAAGGCUCGGUGGAAGAAUCAGAACGCACUACCUCAACAAUACCACGCCCGAGGAGGGCCAGUAUCACGAGCUAGGCCCCAUGCGCUUCCCUUACACCCUGACGAACAGCGACACCAACGAGACCUACCCGUUCAUGGACUCGCAGCUAGUCUUCCAGCUCGCCGAGAAGCUCAACAAGCUGAACGGCGGCGACAAGGACCUCGCCGUCGAUUUCAUCCCCUGGAUCCAAAAUGCGGACAACACUCCCAUCACGACCAAGUUCCGCCGCCCGGACGGCACCUGGCCCGGCAAGAACGAGAUCGCGGCAAACCCCAACUGGGCUACUAACACAACCUAUUCCGACCCUGCCGAAGCCGAGGAGGCCAAGGAGGCCCUCGAAGCCUUCAAGGGCCUGACGGACGAGAAGAUCAAGGAGUACGCCACCAACGUGUUCCGGGCUCACAAGCAGGCCGUCGAGGAAGGGCUCUUCGACUUCUCCGAGAUCCAGUACCUCCGCCAGGUCGUCGGAACCAGCCUCAACGUCUCCGACGAGGUCGCCUCGUCCGCCGCCACGGGCCCCAUGUGGGAGUACGACACGGGCUACUUCCUCGCCACCGAGUGGAAGACCAUCAGGGGCGGGCUGAAUCACCUGCCCAACGCCUUCAGGAACAUCGUCAAGGACCGCAUCAGCUACAACUCCAAGGUCCACAGCCUCAAGUACGACAGCGGCUCCAACACCGUCAGCGUCUCCCACCGCCCGGCCAAGGGCAACCCCCUCGACGCCGCGUCCACGACCGAGACGUUCGACUACGUCCUCAACAGCGUCCCCUUCAACCUCCAGCGCUUCUGGGACCUGCCCCCUUACUCGAGCCUCCUGUCCCGCGCCAUCGACCGCCUCGAGUUCACCACCGCCGCCAAGGUCGCCAUCCAGUACGACACCCGCUUCUGGGAGCACCUCGACCACCCCAUCUUCGGCGGCUGCGGACGCGUCAGCGCGCCGCGCAUCGGCCAGAUCUGCUUCCCCGCCUGGCAGCUCAACAGCACCGGCCCGGGCGUCCUCCUCGCUUCCUACAUCUCGGGCUCCGACGCCACGGCCGCCUGCGCCAUGACCGAGGAGCAGCACGUCGCGUACGUCCAGCGGGCCGUGGUCGACAUCUUCGGCAAGGUCGCCGAGGAUAACUGGACGGGCAACUACGCGCGGCAGUGCUGGGCGCACGACGAGAACCACGGCGGGUCGUGGGCGUCGCCUGUGGGCUCGCAGCAGCCGCUGUACCUCCCCGCCUACUGGCAGACGGAGCUCAACACCGUCCUCAUCGGGGAGCACACGAGCUUCACGCACGCCUGGAUCUUCAGCGCGUUGGAGAGCGCGGUGCGGGGCACCGUGCAGCUGCUGCUUGAUCUCGGGCUCGUCGACGAGGCCAAGGAGAUUACCAAGACGUGGAUGGCCCGGUGGAUCAGGGUCUAG